AUGCCGGAAAUAGUCGACGACAAGUCCCAGCACUGUAUCCCGUUUCUUCUGGAGCGCCUGCACGCUCACACGGAGCGGCAUCGCAAACCGGACGGCUCGGCCGAUACCCCGCCGUUCUUCCUGGGUCUCAAUGGCGUACAGGGGGCCGGCAAGACGGUUCUGGUGUCAACAUUGCAGAACACCCUCCGCUCCGCGCCGUACUCGCUCUCCGUCGUGACCCUCUCGCUCGACGAUAUCUAUCUCACCCACGCCGACCAGGUUGCCCUUGCUCAGGCAAAUCCGACAAAUCUUCUUCUCCAGCACCGCGGGCAGCCUUCGACUCACGACCUCUUGCUGGGCGAGCAAGUCUUUGCUUCUCUUGCGGCGGAACAACCCACUGCGAUCCCGCAGUAUGACAAGUCUGCUUUUGCGGGGCAGGGUGAUCGCGUGCCCAAGUCACAAUGGCAAGUCGUGAAUGCCGAGGGGCAGGAGAAAGUGAAAGUGGUCAUUUUGGAGGGCUGGUGUGUCGGCUUUCGAGCCUUGGAUGAGAAGACCCUGCGCGAGAAGUGGGAGGCUGCUGUGCGGCAAAAGGAGAGCGGUGACUACCAAGGCAGACUGGGUCACGUCGAGUUCGAAGAUGUAAAGACUGUAAACGAUGCAUUGAAGCGAUAUGACGCGCUGACUGACAAGCUUGACGCCUUGAUCCAUAUCGACGCGCAAAACCUCCGCUUUGUUUAUGAAUGGCGUCAGGAGCAAGAGCGCGGCCUGCGUGCCACCAAGGGCACUGGAAUGACCGAGGAGCAGGUUAAUCACUUUGUGGACGGCUAUUAUCCCUCCUAUGAGCUUUUUACCGAAACGCUCCGCAAAGGAGUCUUCAAGCCUGCUGCACAUCAUCCGUCCCCGACAUCCGACUGGCAAGGCAGACAGCUUCGCCUUAUCGUGGAUCGUAAUAGGAGGGUCCAAGAGGUAGUUCAGAUCUAA